AUGAUCGCCGACGAGGCCCCAUCCCGGCCUGAUUGCGGCCUGGCCGGAAAACCCGCCGGCAGGCGCCGAAUGCCCAGAGAGCCCUUGACCGGAGGAGGCGACGAUGAUGGCCUCCUGGCGGCGAGGGGCGGGCCGGAGGAUCCGACCGGAGCGAAUUCCGGUUCGGCGGUCGGGUCUGGAAGCGGUGGAGAGAAUGGAGAAAGGGUCUCUGCCGUGGAGGGUGAACCUCGGCUUGAAGCAAGGGAUCGGAAGUGUGACGAAAUGAGGGAUCGUGAAGAGGCACCGAGAACAGUCGUGGAAGGACACGCGAAGACCGAUGGUAGUCACGCAAGAACGCAAGCGACUGCGCCCGCUGGAGCUGUGGAAGAUGCUGGGCACACCGCAAAGACGUGUGAAAAAGAAAAUGAGGGUGAUGCCAAAUGUGUGGAAAGGGAGCCCAGUGUGCAAGCACCCUUGCAGGUACACAGCGAGACUCAAGACAGCCCGUGCUUGGAUUCCAGGCCUGACAGUUCAGCAGGGCAUACCAGGGCAUCCGGCCCAAGAUGGGGUGACAUGUCAAUGACCGAUGACGAAGAUGAGGAUGGUUUGACGGAUGCCUCAGCCUUGGGCUCUCUUGAAGAGCCUGUCAGACCUGCUGGGAGCAUGGUGAACGCCCAGAGAAGCGCACAGAGGGGUGGCCCCAAACGGGAGCCUGACUCAUUGCGGCAGGCUCAGCCAAGCCACAGGAUAGUGGAAUCCCGGCCCAACGUUAUAGAGGCAGUGAUAUGGCCAGGGUCAAGACGUUGGCCAAAGGCACAGAGCGGGGGCCAGCAGGACAAGGGUGCCGCAAAGGGCGGCUCGGCCAACGUGUGCAAACCGGGGAGCGAAAAGGGAUUCCCCUUGAGAUCAAGGGGGGGUGCUGAUUACAAGUCUGAGGUGGUGGAUAGCAGGCGUGGCAGCGUCUCUGGUUGGCAGGAGGGCAGGCCAGGCAGGCACAGGAGGAGUGUAUCAGCAGAUCAGGGUCUCUUUCAGCAUUCCUCAAGGGGAAGGUCGUCCACACCAGGUGGACAUGAAGGACCGGGGCGCAAUCGCGACGAUCGUCAAUCGCGUGCAGACUCAAGGAGUGCUGAAAGGCUCCUCUCUAGUGUCACCAGUGUCAGUGACAGCAAGGGCAGAACGUGGGUGUGUGUCAAUGGCACCGCAUCCAAGAGCGGGGCUAACAGCCCCAUGUCAAGGCAGGCAAGGAAAAGCGACGAGGGCGGUCGCGCGGAGCAGGGUAGUGGCCAGGUGUUUGGCCAGCGUGGCUGCAGUUCUGACAGGGGCCAUCAUAGGUCCACGGCCACAGGCGAUGUGACUGGGCAAGGCAGACAGGCUGGAGGCUGUCCUGGACACAGGAGAACGGGGUCCUCAGGCUCGGCCAGCAGUUGGCUUGGGCGAUCCCAUGAAGACAGCUGGCAGGGUGGCCACAGCCACUGGGAUGACAGCCAUGGAAAUUCACUGAGCAAAUUCAUGGGGAAGAUGAGGAUGGACAGAAUGCCUGAGCGCGGCUCGCUCAGCCAGCGCAGCGACGAUCGCGGCUCCAUCCGGCUGAGGAGGCAGAGGGGGUCGGAGUGGGGAAGGGCGGGUCCUGAGCGGGCCCCGUCCAGCCAGUCUGUUCAUUCAGUGGUGAGGCCUGGGAGCAGCCAGAGCUCAAGGACUGGUAGGUGGAGCCCCCCGAGUGUGGGGCCCCCAAGGAGCAGUGGACGGGGCUGGGCGAAGCAGAGGCCGUUCGACUCCAACAGGGGAUCAAGCAGCCAGAGGGACAGCCAGGACAGCCACCGGGGCGGGUGGCCAUCUCUGGCAUCUCAGGGCUGCACUGAGAGUGCUGGGAGUGCUCAGCCGCGGGAGGAUCAGCGGCCACCGACCUUCACACAGGGCGGGAGGCCCAGGCACAGGAGGCACUACAGCGAGGGUGCGGAGGUGACGCUGGUGUUUGGCACCAUGUCCCAGAGGGAGCACGACCCUGCCAGGCCGACGACACUGAGGAGAGUGGCACCAGAAUUCCAUCCAUUCAAAUCGCCGCAGCCAGAGGAUGUCGGCGUGUUGAACCCGGAUGCAAAGCCGUUUGUGCCUCUUCAGGGUGAUGCCAAGUGA